UAAUAUGCGAAUUGCAUCUUGACCAGUUUACAAUAUAUGAAUGAUGAACGUUAUUAUCUUCUGAUCAUACACCAAAAGUAGGUAUCUAUUACCAUGAGUGAAUUAUCAACAACAAGUAGCAGUUUCUUACAUUUUGGAGAUAUUGUUUCAUUAUAUGCAGAAGGAAGUGUCAAUGGAUUUAUAAGUACACUUGGUUUGGUUGAUGACAGGUGCGUUGUUCAGCCAGAUGCAGGUGACAUCAGAAAUCCUCCUAAGAAAUUCAGAGAUUGCCUUUUCAAAAUAUGGCCAAUGAAUCGUUAUGCGGCUCAGAAACAAUUCCGAAAAGCAGCCAAGCCUCACAUAAACUCAGCAUCCGAUGCUGCACUAUUGACUAAACUACAGCAUGCUGCAGAUUUGGAGAAGAAACAAAAUGAAACAGAGAAUAAGAAGUUAAUGGGAUCUUGCAUACAAUAUGGAACAGUCGUCCAGCUCCUUCAUUUGAAAAGUAACAAAUAUAUGACAGUGAACAAGAGGCUACCAGCUUUAUUAGAGAAAAAUGCCAUGAGAGUGACUCUUGACCCCUCAGGAAAUGAGGGCUCCUGGUUCUACAUUCAGCCGUUCUACAAACUCAGAUCUCUUGGAGAUAACGUUGUUGUUGGGGAUAAAGUGAUUUUGAAUCCAGUAAAUGCUGGCCAACCUCUCCAUGCCAGCAACCAGGAGCUUGUGGACAACCCUGGAUGUAAGGAGGUGAAUGCUGUGAAUUGCAACACAUGCUGGAAGGUGUCUUUGUUUCUUGAAGACCGAGAAAACAUGGAAGAUGUCCUGAAAGGGGGUGAUGUCGUCAGACUGUUCCAUGCAGAACAAGAAAAGUUUUUGACUGGGGACGAGUAUCAUAAAAGAAAUUAUGUGUUCCUAAGGACAACAGCAAGGGCAUCGGCUGCCGCUGCAACAAGUUCAAAAGCCUUGUGGGAAGUUGAGGUGGUACAACAUGAUCCCUGUCGGGCAGGUGCCGGACACUGGAACAGUUUAUUCCGGUUCAAACACCUGGCUAGUGAUCAAUAUUUAGCAGCUGAGGAUGAUAACGAUACAGCGCCAGAUCCUACUCGACAGAAACUAAGAGGUUCUGGCCGCGUUUGUCAUCUAACCCCUAUUGAGCACGGUCAUGAUAUAGCGUCUAUUUUUGAGUUGGACCCUACCACUUUGCAAAGAGGGGACUCCCUAGUUCCAAGGAAAUCGUAUGUCCGUCUACGCCAUUUGUGCACCAACACGUGGGUUCAUAGUACAGCAAUUCCAUUUGAUAAAGGAGAGGAAAGACCUGUAAUGUUAAAGGUUGGUACUGCUGAGAUACGAGAGGACCGUGAGGCUUUUGCGAUCAAUCCUGUCUCACCUACGGAGGUACGUGAUCUAGAUUUCGCCAAUGACGCUAACAGGGUGCUCGCUUCAAUAGCGGGGAAGCUGGAGAAAGGGUCGAUCACUCCUAAUGAAAGAAGAUUUGUUACACAGCUCCUUCAUGAUCUCGUGUUCUUUGUGGCAUCACAGGCCAAUCAAAAUAGAGAUCCAUUCGCUGUUGAGGUUAAUGAACCUGAUAGGGACAGACAGAAGCUUAUGAGAGAGCAAGACAUUUUAAAGCAGAUUUUUAAGAUCUUGAAAGCUCCAUUCGUCGAUAGUGGUGAAGGUCCCAUGCUGCGAAUGGAGGAUUUAGCCGAUGCCCGUCACGCUCACUAUCGUAACAUUUGUCGGCUCUGCUACCGUAUCCUCCGACUCUCCCAACAGGCAUAUCGCAAAAACCAGGAGUACAUUGCAAAGCAGUUUGGGUUUAUGCAAAAACAGAUAGGAUAUGAUGUACUCGCUGAAGACACGAUAACAGCGUUGCUUCACAACAAUCGCAAACUGUUGGAGCAACACAUUAAGGAGGAUGAGAUUGAGACGUUUGUUAGCUUAGUACGCAAAAAGAAGGAGUGCAGGUUCUUAGAGUAUCUAUCAGAUCUGUGCGUCUCCAACAACCAAGCAAUACCUGUGACACAGGAACUAAUAUGCAAAUCAGUAUUAAACCCAAAGAAUGCUGACAUUCUUGUUCAAACAAAAUUAAUUCCAGUCCACACACAAGAGGAGAUUGAACUUGAAAGUGUAGAUGACAAUGGAGAACCAAUCAUAGCUAUUCAGGAGGAAGAGGAGGAAGAGGUGUUCUUGAUUUGGGAAGAUAGUUGUCUGAAGGGUAUUGCAGAAUUGGCUCAAGGUGCUAAGGACAAAAUCAAGGAGGAUGUGGAGUUACUGAGAUACUACAGGUACCAAUUGGACUUGUUUUCCCAAAUGUGCCUGGACCGCCAGUAUCUCGCCAUCAACCAGAUCUCGAAAGAUUUAGACAUUGAUCUGAUAUUGCGCUGUAUGUCAGAUGAGAACCUACCCUUUGAUCUGCGUGCGUCGUUCACACGACUUAUGCUGCAUAUGCACGUGGAUCGAGAUCCACAGGAAACUGUAACAACGGUGAAAUAUGCACGUCUGUGGUCAGAAAUCCCAACUCAGAUAACAAUUGAAGAUUACGAUACCCAUAAUGGUGAUCACCAACAAGUGCCAAAAGAAGAUGUGACGCCCAAGUUCGCAGCAACCAUUGAAUUUGUUGAAGAAUAUCUGCGCCAUGUUGUCAUGGAAAGUUACUCAUUUGCUGACAUUGAGCAGAAUAAGCUUACGUUUGAGGUGGUAAACCUGGCCAAGCAUCUGAUAUACUUUGGCUUCUACAGUUUCAGUGGGUUGCUACGACUAACGAAAACGCUUCUGAAGAUUCUUGACUGCAACACCGAUCCCAGAAUACCUCUCAAAAUGGCUGGCAAGGCAGACUUAGAGCCAGAAGCUCCAGCUGAAAACACAGGAGGCAAAGGCAGUGUUCUGAGUUCUAUCCAAGGAGUCGGUAACGUUAUGACACACAUGGUAAUGGGAACAGGGUUACCAAUCCCAGUGGAACCGACGUCGAGUGGCUCACCCCCUCCAAAAUCACCUGAUAAACUGGGUCGUAAGGAAGACGAGAAGGUCAUGGAAACUAAAUUGAAGAUUAUUCAAAUUUUGAAGUUCAUUCUCGAUGUGAGACUUGAUUUCCGAAUUUCUUGCCUGCUGUCUAUCUUCAAGCGAGAAUUUGAUGAGAACAAAGAACAGGGCAGUGAUGGACUGCUAAUUGAUGGUGGCGAUGGGCCAGGAAUCAACUUGGAUGCAAUAGGAGAUAAAGCUGAAACAAUUUUUGAGGGAAAUAGUGAGCACACCAACGCUGACUUCUCUCUAGACCGUUAUUCUUUACAAGAACAGCUGACUAUGCGUUUGACUUCGUUGAAUUUCUCGCCCACGGAUGUGGACAUUUUAGAGCGUGUGCUUAUGCACUACUGUGAGAUGGAUGUUGUACCUCAUGUGGAAGGUCCGGAUCUCGAUCUUGAUGGGGCAGGUGGGAGGAUGUUCCUGCGUGUGCUCCUUCAUUUAACCAUGCACGAUUAUCCUCCAUUGGUGUCUGGCGCCCUCAGGCUUCUCUUCCGGCAUUUUAGCCAGCGUCAGGAGGUUUUGAGUGCAUUUAAGCAGGUCCAAUUACUUGUGUCAAACAAUGAUGUAGAGAACUAUAAACAAAUAAAAGCAGACUUGGAUGAAUUGAGACUUCUAGUUGAGAAGUCCGAACUUUGGGUGUACAAGAGCAAGUCAAGCGAUUCAGACAAGAAGAAGAAAGAUAAGAAAGAUAAAAAGGAUAAUGGUGGAAAGAAGGAGAAGAAGAAGAAAUUAAUGCCACUACCGUCAUCGGUAGCCGACGGUGAUGUCGCAAACCUUGACCUAGGACCUGCUCUUGACCCUGCCAUGAUUCAAAAUUACAAGACCAUUCAAAGUAUUCUGAUUCGUCUGAAGAACCUCUGUAUAUCUAACAAUGCUAGUAGUACCAAGAAUCGCAAACAUGAACAAAGACUGUUACGCAAUAUGGGAGCUCACUCUGCCGUACUAGAACUUCUUCAAAUCCCCUAUGAAAAGUUUACAGAUGUUCGUAUGUUGGUGCUUAUGAAGCUAGCUCAUGAAUUCCUGCAGAACUUCUGCUAUGGCAACCCCUCCAACCAGACAUUGCUGCAUAAACACAUUGAUAGAUUCCUCAUUCCCGGGGCACUCGAAGCACAGACUAUGAGGCAUAUCUACAUGGACAAUACCCAGCUAUGCAAUGAGGUCACAGAGAAGGUCGUGCAACAUUUUGUUCACUGUAUCGAGACCCAGGGAAGGCAUGUCGAGUAUCUGAAGUUCCUGCAGACGAUAGUAAAAGCUGAGCAGUUCAUUCGCAAAACUCAGGACAUGGUCAUGUCAGAGCUUGUUAAUGCUGGUGAAGAUGUACUGCUGUUCUAUUCUGAUAAAGCCUCCUUCCAAAUGCUAAUCGAACUGAUGCAACACGAGAAGGAGCGCAUAGAUGAAGAGAGCCCUCUACUGUACCACAUCAACCUUGUACAACUGUUAGCCUUGUGUACAGAAGGCAAGAAUGUUUACACAGAAAUCAAGAGUCACCAUCUGCUUCCUCUUGAUGACAUCGUACAGGUCGUAACCCAUGACGACUGCCUACCAGAGUUUGAUGACAGAGGUCUUUCAUAUUUGUGCCCUUUUCCCAAUCAAAGCCCAUGUAUAACUCGGCAACCGAUCUUUGUAAAGCUCCUACAGAGUGUGUUUAGAGUGUCACAAUGUGAUUGGCUGACAGGCCAGCAGAAAUGCCAAGUUGAAUUAUGCAUUAAGACCCUGACUGAUAUAGCAAAGAAUCGUGGAAUUGCAAUACCAGUGGACCUGGAUAGUCAAAUAAAUAGCAUAUUUAAAUCUGCUAGUAUUGUUAAAAAACAUACACGCCUAUGGAUGAGCCAGGGACGGAUGAAACGCGAUUCAAUGAUUCCUGUAUCGCGGGAUUACCGCAACAUCAUUGAAGGAUUACAGGACAUAGUGUGUCUGUUAGAGGAACAACUACACCCCUUAGUACAAGCCGAGUCAUCAGUGCUUGUGGAUGUCCUUCAUCGACCGGAGCUGCUCUUCCCAAAUCAUUCCGAAGCUCGGCAGAAAUGCGAAAGUGGUGGAUUCAUAUCCAAGUUGAUAAAACACACGGAGAAACUUCUGGAAGAAAAGGAGGAAAAUCUAUGCAUCAAGGUACUGCAGACACUUCGCGAAAUGAUGUCCAGGGACAUUGAAUAUAAAGAAAAGGACGAGGAUGAUGAGUUUGGCAUGGCACGGCAUCGACAGGUGCCACUUAGCCUCAUGAGGGGUGAGAAACUACGUCAGAGUUUACUGUUCCGUUACUAUGGUAAAUCCCACCCACGCUAUCAAAAGGAGGGCUCGUCACGAAAGGAAAGCUCCACUUUUCAGCCGAAGCAACACCAAUCAAACUCGAAUCCUGGUACGAUGGUGCUGAGUCGGGCCGAGAUGUCGAUGGCUCAGGUACAAAACCAGUUAGACGAACAAGGGGCAUCAGAUUUAGUCAUUGACUUGGUGAUCAAUAACUCGAGCACAAAGGUGUUUCAGGAGAGUGUUGAGCUUGGUAUUGCAUUAUUAGAAGGUGGAAAUAUUAAAAUACAGCAAUCAAUCUACCAUCGUUUAACGAGGGAGAACGAUUCAGAUAAAUUCUUUAAAGUAUUUUACGAGAAGAUGCGAGAAGCUCAAACUGAAAUCAAAGCUACAGGAACCGUGAACACAGGGGAAAAUAUAGAGUCAAAGAGCACAGACCAUGAUGUUGGCAUGAAGGAACCAUCUUCUAGCAGGUUAAAAAAAUCUCGCAUUCCAAAUGGCUGCAUUAGUGAGGAUUUAAAGGAGCAACUAGCAGAUGCCGCGCUCCACACAAGCAAAGCAUUUGAAGCCGUUAGAAAAGGUCGCAGUGAUGAGAGUAGUGGGGGUGGCGGUACAACUAUCGAUAUGGUGGGGGGUACAGUGGAAAAAGGCAAGGGUGAUGACCAUGAAAUGAGUGCUGAGAUUAAGAUCAUGCAACCAAUACUUCGCUUCUUACAGCUGUUAUGCGAAAACCACAACAGAGAUUUACAAAAUUACCUGCGCAACCAAUCAAACAAGAACAACCACAACCUUGUAUGCGAGACGCUGAAGUUCUUGGAUUGUAUUUGUGGCAGCACUACAGGUGGCCUGGGCCUUCUGGGAUUGUACAUAAAUGAACACAAUGUCGCCCUCAUCAACCAAACCUUGGAGAGUCUCACAGAAUACUGUCAAGGACCCUGCCACGAAAACCAGAAUGCAAUAGCUAUGCAUGAGUCGAACGGUAUUGAUAUCAUCAUAGCUCUGAUUCUUAAUGACAUUAUUCCACUCAGUAAACAUCGUAUGGAUCUCGUUAUGCAGCUUAAAAACAAUGCGUCCAAACUACUACUAGCAAUAAUGGAGAGCAGGCACGAUAGUGAGAAUGCCGAGAGAAUUCUUUACAAUAUGACACCAAAGCAGCUGGUUGAUGUGAUCAAGCAGGUGUACCAGCAAGAAGUACAGCAGCAUGCUGAAGUGGAUGAAGAUGGUCUCAGAAUAACACCAGUUGAAGAGGGGACGUCACCGAGGAGAGUUGGUCACAACAUCUACAUUCUAGCUCAUCAGCUUUCUCAGCAUAAUAAAGAACUUGGUCGACUUCUCAAGCCAAUCAAUCUUGAAGACCAUAACAACAAAGCCUUGAAAUAUUAUGCCGAAAAUACCGCACAAAUCGAACUUGUCCGCAAGGAUAGGACCAUGGAGAGGAUUGUCUUCCCUGUGCCGCCACUCUGCGAGUACUUGACACGUGAGACACGGGAAAAUCUUUACCACACAGCAGAGCGAGAUGAGCAGGGGAGCAAAGUUUCUGAUUUCUUUGAGCGUUCUGAGGAUAUGCUCAUGGAGAUGAAAUGGCAGAAAAAGCUCAGAAGCCGGUCGCUUCUGUACUGGACAAGUCGCAAUGUCUCUCUCUGGAAGAUUAUUUCGCUGAACCUAGCUGUACUUAUCAAUAUUCUGGUGGCAUUAUUUUAUCCCUUUGAAAAGGGAACUGGAGAGCUGGACCCCAAGUUAUCUGGCCUUGUUUGGAUUGCCAUGGUUGUGUCAUUUCUCUCAGUACUAAUGCUACCAACACCAACCGGUUAUCGCAUGUUUUUUAUAUCAACAGUUUUCCGUUUUAUCUACUCGGUGGAUGUUUCAUCAACGCUUGUUAUCCUCGGCCUAAUAAAUGUUGUGAUAAAAUGCAUCUUUGUAGUUAGUCUUCUUGGCAACAAAGGCUUAGGUAAUCGUGGGAUACUGGGUGUGGCCACUGAUUCAGGAAUCUUGUAUCAUUUCUUAUUUUUAGCAUUCUGUUUUGGUGGUAUCUUUUCCCGGGAAUAUAUUUACAGUUUUCUGCUUCUUGACGUGGUACGACAAGAAGAGACUCUGCUGAACGUUAUUCGCUCAGUCACAAGAAAUGGUCGUUCCAUCAUUUUGACCGGUGUACUCGCAUUGAUCCUUGUAUAUCUCUUUUCCAUUGUCGGAUUCCUGUUUUUCAAAAGUGACUUUCCACCUGAUCCAAUCGAGGAAGUAGACACCAAUAGCCUCGGCGCAGUCACUUCCAACAUUGCUAACCUUUCCAAUGGAACAAAUGGCAUCCCCAAAGUUGAUGUGCUCUAUUGUUCAGCUAACAACUGUUCUUCGUCUCAACCCACCUUACCAGUCACCAUGCAGCAAGAAGAUGAAAGCGUCAAUGGUACUGAGAAGCGUAGAACGUGCGAUACACUUUGGAAGUGUAUUAUUACGACAUUGAACCAUGGAUUACGUAAUGGAGGAGGAAUAGGAGAUAUACUGCGGGCGCCCUCAAACACUGAACCACUUUUUAUUGCACGUGUCAUCUACGAUAUGCUGUUCUUCUUCAUCGUCAUUAUCAUCGUUUUGAACCUCAUCUUUGGUGUCAUCAUCGAUACAUUUGCUGAUUUGAGGAAUGAAAAACAAAGAAAAGAAGAGGUGCUAAAAAAUACAUGUUUCAUAUGCGGGCUUGAUCGAGCUGCAUUUGACAACAAAGAAGUUUCAUUUGAGGAACAUAAAAAAGAAGAACAUAAUAUGUGGCAUUACCUAUAUUUCAUCGUACUUGUGAACGUGAAAGACGAAACUGAGUUCACUGGACCAGAAAGCUAUGUUCACUUCAUGAUAAAGAUGACAGAGCAAAGAAAGAAGAAGCAGCGACAAGGUCUUGUGGAGUUAGAACGUAUGCAGACGACUGGAGCGGGACGUAUGAUGGAUCCUGGCAUGAAUGGACACGAGGGGUAG